CGUCUCACAGAGAAGUCUCUUUGGUUCCCUCUUCUGCACUUUGUCUUCUCUGUCCUCUCUCUUCUGCUCUACUUGUUUUCAUUUCUCUUCUGUCAUGGCACCAAAGAAACCAGAACAGAAGAAGGAAGAAGCGAAACUUUCUCUGGAACCAGAAUCUGCAAAGAAACUGGACUUCAACCCGCACAGCAUCAAGACUGAGUUCAGCGCAGAUCAGAUUGAAGAGUUUAAAGAAGCCUUCCAGCUGUUUGACAAAACUCCAGACAAUCAGAUGAAGAUUUUGUUCUCUCAGUGUGGAGAUGUGAUGAGAGCUCUGGGACAAAAUCCAACCAACGCUCAAGUGUCCCGAGUCCUCGGACAGCCCAAACCUGAGGAAUUGCACAAUAAACUGAUGGACUUUGAGACGUUCCUGCCAAUUUUGCAACAUGUUGCUCAGUCCAAGGACAAAGGGACAUAUGAGGAUUUUGUGGAAGGUCUCCGAGUGUUUGAUAAAGACGGAAAUGGGACGGUGAUGGGUGCAGAGCUGAGACAUGUUCUCCUCACUCUGGGUGAGAGGAUGACAGAAGCUGAAGUCAAUCAGGUGUUGGCCGGACAGGAAGAUGCUGAUGGAUCUAUUCAUUAUGAAGCUUUUGUCAAGCACAUCAUGUCUGGCUGAGCUAAAGUGUUGGACGUCCUGCUGCCUCCUUCAUUGCUGUGUUCCAGAUUAUAUUCUUUCUCUCUGAGAUUGUUACGUUAUUUCUGUAAAAACUUUUUUCUUUUCCUUGGAUAAUAAUGGAGGAAUUCAAUAAAAAUCAAAAUCACUUAUUUAACCUUCAA